AUGAAGACUUUGAUCGUUCUCUCGGCCUUGAUGGCUGUCGCCCUCUGUCUGGUCCUUCCACAAAGAGCAGUUGUCGAAAGCGCGCUCGGAUGCCAAAUGUGCGAACUUGUCGUGAAGACCUAUGAUGGAUCUGUCGACAAGGAUGUCACCGCCAUCAAGAAGGUAUGAUUCAGAAAAGGCAGCUUUUUGGAUGUAAGUUUCGAGAAGUUGACGUCCUCUAAAUUUUCAAUGAUUUUUCAACAUUAUUGUUAUAAACUCAUUCAUUGAAUAACAUAAGAUUUCUAGGACUUUGACGCCGAGUGCAAGAAACUGUUCCAUUCGAUUCCCUUCGGCACGACGGAGUGCGAUCACUACGUCAACAGCAAGCUCGACCCCAUCAUCAAGGUUUCUUCCUUUCUCUUUCUCCAAUGAACUCAACUUCAGGAGCUCGAAUCCGGAACUGCUCCUGCUGACGUUUGCAAGAAACUCAAGGAGUGCUAG